CUAAUGGUAUUGCUGCAUUAGAUUUUUGUGGUUCAUGGAAUCCGUUAGUUUUUUUUUUCAGAGGCAAACUAAAUCAGGUAGUGAUGACCUUUUGGUAUCUUAUAUUCUGUUUGACCGAUCCUAGACCUAAGAGGCAAACACGGGAAAAAGAAAAUCAGUGGCCGAGAACGUAAACACAUGCCUUUGUGAUGGAGAGCCAUUCUUUUCCAAGCCUUCUUUUUUUGUGAUGGAGUGAUGAUCCAAGAUGCUCACAUGCUAUUCAGUAGUCCUGUAAUCAAAGAAUUGGCUUAAUUAUCACCGACGCGAGACUUAUUAAACCGAAAACGAUAUACCAACGGGUUUGGUUGUUUGCUUGAUCGACCCAGCGUUUAUCAUAACGCCAAGUUGCUUGUGCAAAGUUAGCCAGCUGCCUCGUGAUCGAGAGAGGGAAAAAGCCUAUCUUUUUGCCCACAUGGAACCAACUUUCUCGUGAUUCUCACCGUGAGGAUCCGAGAGGAGCCAUCUCCUGUCCUGAUGCAGCCAGCCGGCGCUGAAACAGUACGUAUGAAGCACGCCGUUCGUCAUUGACUUGUACUCGUCAUUACACCAAGUAGAAUUCCGAUUAGGGAUGGACGUGAAGCAUCAAUAUAUAUCUAUGGAUUCACUAAUCAAAAUAAUUAGAUAGUUAAUUAAAUUGGAAUAAGGUGGAUCUAUAAAUCCCUAAUUCCGAUCAGAGAUGAGAUGAUAUGAGUCUGAAGGGAGCUUGUUUUGCUCUCCCAGCCUUCUUCUCCACAAUCCGACGCCAACCCAGCCCACUAACUCAUUGCCAUGGCGGCCCUACACCGAACUGACAGAGUGGACGCGGCGGCGGUGGUCCGGCUCCGUUCGCACCAACCGCCGGGCAAAAUGAAGACCGUGUGGAGGCAUAUCGGUGUCCUUGUCAUCUUCCUCAUGCUGUGCUCGCCGGCGGCCGAGGCGGGCGGCGGGAACUCGACGACGUGCCCGCUCGACCUGGGCUACGUGGCGACGUUCCCGUGGGACACCGCGCCGUGCGCGCCGCCGGUGACCAACCGGACCGCCUGCUGCACGACGCUCCUCUCCGUGCUGGCCGUCGGCCUCGCGGCGCGCCUCCGCGCCACGGGCCGCUUCCGCCUCCCGUCCGCCCCGGCCUCGGCCGCCUGCCUCCGCGCCUUCUCCGGCACGCUCGUCGCCCCGCCACUCUCGCUGCCGGCCUCCCUCGUGCCGGACUGCUUCCCGGUCCCGUCCCAGUUCGCCAUCUCCCCGGACUACUGCGCCGGGGUCACCACGGCCGCGCAGUACGUUGCUGUAGUGGGUAACGCCUCCGUCGCUGGGCUAAACGCCUCCUGCGGCUCCGACCUCACCUCGAUGUCUCUCUGCUCCCCAUGCCUCACCGCUGGCAUCGACGCCUCUUCUCGGCUCACCGUCGCCGCCGGCAACGGUUCCAAAUCCCUCAAUUGCUUCUACCUCACCGUGCUCUUCGCUGCCGGCGUCUCCAACUUCGCCGGCCCCGCUUACCCGGCCACCGCCAGUUGCAUCUUCGGCCUUGCUCUCUCCACUCCUUCGCCCACUUCAUCGCCUACCUCCAGCUCCACCAACCACAGCAACAUCGCAGUAGCCAUCACCAUCCCGAUUGCCUCCGUGCUUCUCGUCUCUCUAAUCGCUCUGCUUCUCUGGAGGAAGAGAACUGAAGAAACCAAGAACAGGAGCAUCCAUAUCUCAGAGGAGCGGCGGUCUCGCCCGCGGCCAAACACCGGCUCCGUGCUGUUCGACAUAGGCGAGCUGGCGAAGGCGACCGGAGGUUUCGCCGAGCGUAACCUCAUCGGCCGCGGAGGAUUUGGUGUCGUGUACCGCGGCGUGAUCGCGGAUGGGACCGUGGUCGCCGUGAAGAAGAUGCUCGAUCCGGACGUGGAGGACGGGGACGAGGAGUUCACCAACGAGGUGGAGAUCAUCAGCCAACUCCGGCACCGGAACCUGGUGCCGCUGCGCGGAUGCUGCAUUGCUGACGACGACGCCGACGAAGGCAAGCAGAUGUUCCUCGUGUACGAUUACAUGCCGAAGGGCUCGCUGGAUCAGUACAUCUUCGAGGACGUCGAAGGCAGGCGGCGACCGGCGUUGUCGUGGGAUCAGCGCCGGAGCGUGAUAUUGGACGUGGCCAGGGGGCUAGAGUACUUGCACUACGGCGUCAAGCCGGGGAUCUACCACCGUGACAUCAAGGCGACGAACAUCCUCCUGGACGCGGACAUGCGGGCGCGCGUGGCGGACUUCGGCCUGGCCAGGCGGAGCCGCGAGGGCCAGUCGCACCUCACGACGCGCGUGGCCGGCACGCACGGCUACCUCUCGCCGGAGUAUGCGCUCUACGGUCAGCUCACCGAGAAGAGCGACGUGUACAGCUUCGGCGUGCUGGUGCUCGAGGUGAUGAGCGGCCGCCGCGCGCUCGACCUGACGGACCCGUCUGGGGUCGUGCUGAUCACCGACUGGGCGUGGACGCUCGUCAAGGCCGGCCGGGCGAGGGAGGUGCUCGCCAAGGCGCUGCGGGAGGAGCACAGCACCAGCGUCGUGGCCUUGGAGAGGUUCGUGCUUGUCGGGAUCCUGUGCGAGCACGUCACGGUGGCGUGCCGCCCGACCAUGCCGGAGGCGCUGAGGAUGCUGGAGGGGGACAUGGACGUGCCCGACCUGCCGGACCGGCCGCAGCCGCUCGGCCAGAGGAUUGCGUUCGACGGAGGCGAAAGCAAUUUCAGCGCCUCAACCGUGCUGAGUGGUCCAUUCGUGGACUUCGGCGAUAUGCUCAGGUGAUGCACGACGGCUGAUGGUCUGGUGGAUCAUGGAUGCGUGCAAGUUGCAAGCUGAUUGACGUUUCAGGUCGGGAUCGCACAUAUAAAGAUGUAUUCACAUGCUACACUUGGGCAAGUGCUGGUUAACUGAAGUUCAGAGUGAUGUAUAACCAUCUCACGAUGUAAACUAGCAAAGUGGACCGUACAAAUAUCUUUUUUACCCAACAAAGGUUUUUUUUUCU